GCCUAGUACGGGCAAUCUUACAAAAAUAUUGUACUUUUCAACGUCGAACGUGUCGGUCGUGUGUAUCGCAGACGUGUGUUUUCGUUGUUAGCUCGAUCAGAGCAUAGUGAGGGCUAGGAGCAAACAACUUGAACAAGUUUAGCGCAAGAUUUCUCUAUCUACGUACGCUUUGUAUAGUGAAAAAUCUGGUAUGUGCAAUGAAAAGAAGAGAUUUUUCUUUAUAAGCAAAGAAUUUCACUCUUACGAUUUUCUACGAAUAUAUCGUGAUAGUCACGGUGAUAGUUGAUCUGUCUUAUAUCAACAAGUCAGGUUUUCAGGUGAAAAACAAAGUGCAGAAGUUCUCCGAGGUGGGUUUCGAAAUAUCGACAAAGCAAGCAUAGUAUAAAUCGAAUGGGAGUGAAGGAAAAUUUGAUUUGGCAGCUGCCAAGAAUUUGCAACACCAAAAGGCAUGGCUGAUGAGUGAAGUGGAAAGCAAGUGUGUAUAACUAGUGCAAAUGUGCAAAUGCCGAAAGUACCGAUACAUCAUCAGUGCGUAAUCUGUUUUGGGGGAAAGGUAUAAUUGCGAUAAUCAAUUUUGUGCAAACCCAGCCGCCAAGGCGUGUUGUGUGAGGAGUGAAGAAGAGAAUAAAGCAGAUUGGAGGAAAUUUUUGAAGGUCGCAUCUGUGUAACCAGCCAGUACCUAAAGGUAGCUGUAUAGUGCCGUGCGAUUAGAUCGAGAUUCGAAUAGCGGUCACUCGCCGCAAAUCCGGCCCGGCUAAACAAUGGCCCGGCUAACAGAGGAGAUGGUCAUUGCCAGGUCCAAGCAAUCCGAUCUGGCAGCAAUCAAAAAGCUGAACUGUUGGGGAAGUGAGCUGAGCGACGUUUCCAUCAUUAGACGUAUGCGUGGUGUAGAGGUGUUGGCAUUCAGUGUCAAUCGAAUCAGUACUCUAGCAGAUUUUGAAAACUGUUUAAACUUACAAGAACUGUACCUCAGGAAGAAUAAUAUCACUGACAUCGAUGAACUAGUAUACCUGCAGAAUCUACCAAAAUUGAAAUAUCUAUGGCUAGAAGAAAACCCCGUAGUGGAAAGUGCUGGACCAGGCUACCGACAAAUUGUUCUCCGAGCGUUGCCAAAUCUUAAAAAGUUAGAUAAUGUAGAUGUUACCCCUGAAGAAGUUUCGGAAGCUAUGCGAACACCCGUCGCUCAACACCAACCCAAACAGGAGAUAUAUGAAGAUCCGCCUCCUCCUACGUAUGGCCAACAAGAAAAACAACAGCAACCUCAUCAACAGCAACAAUACCGAAAUCAAAGCCCAGUUGUAGAACAAUCACAAUCCACCACCCCAUCGUCAUCUGCGCCCAUGUUGCCCCCACAGCAGAUGAGCCCGGAAAACACCGAAUCGGAGUGCAUCAGUGAUCCGGCAGAUCGUGGAUCUCUACCGUCAUCGCCACUGCAGCGAAGUCCUCCGAACCGGGAUAGCUACUCCCCUGCACCACACACCCAGCACGCAUCACACUACUCCAGCAACCACCGCGGUUCCUAUCACCAGUACGAUCGAUCACCCGGCUCCGACCAGGAUAGUCCAGUUUCGGGUUAUAGGGACCGUGUACCGAUUGCUCCCAGUAUGUCAACCCAUUCGAUGAAGGAAUACUACCAGUCCGACUACCAACGGCAGAAUCCACCAGCCCAUUAUCGGCACAGUCAAUUGGACCUAACGGAAUGGGACGAAAGUAGUCAAAAUGCGCACCAAAUCAAUAACAACAACGGCCACUCAUCAAAUCACAUCAACAACUACCAGCAGCAACAACAACAUCAACAGCAGCAGCAACAACAAUAUGGGCAAUCAAACUAUCCCUCGAAUCGGCGAAGCAUUGGCGCCAACAGCGAAAGAGAUCUGUAUCAAUAUCGCAACAGCAACGGCAAAGGAUCUUCUGAGCAACGAGACGAAUGGGAAGAUGUAGAACGCCGACGGAAUGAAAAUAGGCGAUCAGACUCGAGAUUCAACGACAAUGCUAGUGUGAUAUCGAAUGCAGUUCUCAAUCAUUUUGCUGGAGUUCAUCGAAGGCCUGUUAAUAGGAACUCAAAUUUGCUGUCAGCAACAUUGUGCUUGGUUAAGGAACUGGACUAUCCCAGCUUGGAGGUUGUCGAACACGCCGUUCGAUGUCGCAUCGAUGAACUGGCCGAAUAGUUGUAAUAUUUGUUAAUUAGGAUAGUUUUACCUUGCUAAAUAGCCUUCAUGUAGUUCUUGUCUCUCAUCGGCUCAAAGAUAUUACGGAAUCGUUAUCGUCCUUAACAUUUAUCCGUUCUGCUAUCAGCUUUUUCAUUAUGUGUACUUCAGAUCCUCUGGUUGUUUGACUGCUUCUUAAGUUAAAGUAAAUCAAUUGCGAUCAAGUUCAGAAAUCCAGCUUCGUCAGGCAAAGAUUUGUAACAUUUUUACAGACAGUGAAAGAAGAACUUAAUGAUAUGUGAUUUAUAUUAAUUGAGAAAAGACUUAACCACAUGCCAGCAUGAAUGAGUAAGAGCAUGAGAAAAAAUAUAGUUAAAUAAUAACGAAACAAAAUAAUUGUAUUCAAUAGUAGACAGCAAUGAACAAAACACAAUAAUCUGCCAACUUUGUAAUAAAACCUAGUAAUAGAUUUAGCUGUUCAAAUAAUAAAACUAACUUUUAACGUAAUUUCUACCAUUCAGUUAAUUCAAAAUUCACAGCUGUUAUUGAAUAAUCAUUUUUGAUUGAGCGUUUUUGCGCUAGGUUUUACAUAACAUGCCUAUGUAGGUUAUCUUAAAAGCCGUCUAAUUUCAACCCACGAGCAGGAACAUUUAUUUAGCGUUUUAUUUAGCAAUAUUUUGCAAGCAAACAGUCCAAUGUUCAGUACAAAUAUAGAGGCAGAAAUCGCCAAACGAUAUGAAAGAAUGAUUCAGUUACACUUUUAUUCCCUCAUCAAACACAAGAAUGAGAGAGUUUUAGUCGAGUAAUGAAGAAAACGUUUUACAUCUGUCGUUGCGAUUAAAGAAGGUGCCUAGUAAUCAUAAUUAUGGCAAUGUCAAAGGUUUGUGUUCAAGUUUGCUUUGCAGAGCCUUUGAAAUGCUUUUAGCGUCAUCUGUUCCUCGAAAUAAACCAGUCAUUUGCAGUUUCGUCCAUUAUCAAAAUGAAAAUCAUGGCAAUCCUCAAUCGGGAUUAACGGAGGAAUACGGACGUUUUAAACGUUAACUAAUAUUAUGUAAGUACGCAUAGUAGAUGCGAAUACAAUGUAAUGAGAGGAUUUAAUAAAUAACUACUAACA